AAAAACAAAAAAAAAAAAGGUAAAAUCGCAUUCCAAGCGAUACUUAUGUAGUUUAUCCCCCUCUGCAAUGAAUCAAACCCUUCAGUUGCAGAUAAAUAAAAUGUUUAAUCUCGGAUCAUCCGGUGCAGCAGUGGCAAAAGUUCCUCUUUGUUUCAAAGGUCACGUCCAGAGCAGUUUCCUACUACCGCUCGUAGGAUAUAAAAAACAAAAAUCAAAAACAAAGUCAGUUGCCCUCAACACACCAAAGCUUUCGCACUGUGGAACGUUGAGCGUAAAAAAAUGGACUUAAAACUUGCGAAUUUUGCAGUGUUUUUGAUGGUUUUGGCGUGCGUGGAAUCAAGAUCAGCCGUUCGAAGCCUAAGCUCAGAUUAUCGUAGAAAGAAUUGCAGCGGAGGAGGAAACCUUAUUAAGAUUCAUACUGAAAAGUGUGCAACAUUUUCGGGAAAACGGCAAUGCGAAGCAAAAUGUGAUGGCUCACGCACUUCAGACCUUACGACAAGAAUAACAAUCGAGACCGUGGGAGGAAGGAAGCGCAUUCAAUUCACUGCAAACGAAAACGGAACUCAAUACCUAUAUGCCUUAAAGGUCGUCAACGGGACCAAUGGUGUUUUUGAGGAAAGUGGUUGCCAAGGAUCAAUCGAGGACAGCUUCCUCUUUGAAGAGGCAGUUAUAAGGAUUGGACAGCGAAAGUUGAAACGAUUUGUGUAUAAAAAACACAAUACAAUGUGUCUAUCUAGUGAUUGUGACGGAAAUCUUUCUCUAAUAAGUACAACAAACAACACUAGCGAGAUGUGUUGGUUUCUUAAGCUUAAAUAAGUAACAGAGCAGUUAAAGCUGAUAGUAAUUACCGCAACCUGUUUUGAAUUUUACAUCUGUCCAGCCAUUAUAUCGCGACGAUAACAAAAUAAAUUAGAGUACAUGUAAUGUGUAGAGGAUUUUAAACGAAGCCAGUAAAUUUUAUCAGUUCUUCUUAUUA